AAGUGUCGCCAUUCGCGAAAGACAGCGCACUUGAGAAGGCCCGUCGCAGGCUGUCUCGACGUGUAUGUUUUGAAUAGUUCGCAACAUGUUAAUGAGUUUUUACCAAGUUUUUAUUAAAAAUUCAUGCAGUGUAUUCAGUAUACGAACGAAAAUUUUUAGUGCAAGACAUUUACCCUCUUGAUCGAGUAUUUUCGUUAGUAUCAAUUGUGCAAUAAGGAAGGCGAAGAACAAUGCCUGGCAAAGGGAGCAGAAAAGGAAAAUCCGGUCACGGUGGAAAAAAAGCUGAGCUAACAUCCGACGAGGAUUCGAUUAACAAUGAUGCAUGCAGUGUAUCCAGCAGUCAAUCUGAUAAUCGCAGCAUGUUGGACGAUGUGAACGAUAACAACGAAGUCGAAGAAUUCUCACAGCAAGAAGCGUUCGAGGAGAAAUUAAAAGAAGCGAUAGAUGGUCUAACGCAAAGAAGUGCAAAGGGCAGAACAGUUUGCUUCAAUGGAAUUGAAAAAAUUUUUGCUAUUAAGUAUGUGCCAGAUUUUGUAGAGGACAGGAAAAUGACUAUUGCUGAUGCAGUAGAACGAGGUUUAAAAAAAGGACGUAGCGAAGAACAGUCGACAGCAGCCAGAUUAAGUACUUUGCUUUGCGUUCAAUUGGGAGCAUUUGAAAGUGCAGAAACAGUCUGUAAAGAUUUAAAAAGUACUUUGACGUUCAUUGCUAGCGAUACAACAGCUUCGACUCAAGCUCGUUCUGAGUGCUGCUGGGCUUUAAGCAUGAAUCAAUUUUUAUCGGGCAACGAUGUAGUAGAUACUAUCGAAAUUGUGCAAUUACUGUCUGGUAUAUUUUCUGGUUCCUAUUUGAAAGGAAAUGGAGCUAUACAAAAUAUUUCAUCCGAAAUGGCAGCAUUACAUGCAACAGCAAUCUCAUCAUGGACACUUCUUUUAACAGUUAUGAGCCCGGCUGAUAUACAUAAUUUACUUGCAAGUGAUAGAACCAAUACUUACAUGCCUUCUUUGAACAGACUGCGAGAAUUACUCGAAUCACCACAUUUGGAUGUACGGUUAUCAGCUGGAGAAGCUCUUGCUGUAAUAUUUGAACUUGGUCGUGAUUUCUCUUGCGAUUACGAACAAGGCUGGUCAUUGGAUUUAAUUGAAGUAUUAAAAGAAUUGGCUACAGAUUCCAACAAGUACAGAGCGAAGAAAGAUCGGAAGCAACAAAGAGCUAAUUUCAGAGAUAUACUUCACUACAUAGAAGAAGAUAUUGUACCAGAAAUGCACGUGAAAUUCGGUCAAGAAGUUCUGUAUUUAGAAGGAUGGUGUGCACGAACUCAGUAUAACGCAUGCUGUAGACUACUGGGUCCGGGUAUUAAUAUUCACCUCGCUGAAAAUCAACUUUUACGUGAAAUUUUCCACCUUGGCAACAAAGUUUUACCAAUACAACCAAAUCAAAAAACUACCAAAUUGGAAAGGACAUUGAUGAACGCAGCUGCAUUUAAGGCACGCACUAUUCAACGUAACAAGAACAGAGAUAAACGAUCAGCAGCCUUGGCACCGUAAUUCUUCAUCUUUCUGCUUUUAUAUAUUAAAUAACUUGUUUUAGGAUAAUGCAAACUCGAUUACACUUUUUAUUUAUUACAACUAUUCGAUCAUGAGAAACUAUUUAAUACUAUAUAGUUUUCGGUAAUCGUUUAGUUUAAAUUGUAAAUAGAGUUGAAUAUUGACAAGAAGAUUAGUUAAAUGUUUUCAUUUGGCACAAUUAAAAAUUGUUUUAACCCGUUAGCCAAAAGCAACGUUGUACAAUGUUAUUUAGUGCUACUUAAGUUUUGUAUAUACAGAACUAAAAUAUGUAUAUACGAAAAACACUUAGUACAAUAACGACUUAUAUUGUUUCCUUCGCAUAGCGAAGUUAUUGAUGUCAAUUGAUGAUUUUGCGAAGUUUAAUAACGUUAACAUUUGCCACGAUAGUGUAUGCAAACAAAAAAUUAGAACAUUUGUUUACUACAUGAAUUUUUCUAAAUUUUAAUAAUCGAGUUACUAUGAAUAUUUUAACGUUCACAAAUAACUUCUUGUUUCAAGUGCACGUUACAUCGUACACAAUAUCUGAUCAUUCUUCUUAAUUAGAUGUAACUAUCUAAGUAAGAUAUUUCAUUAAAAAUAUAUACUGGCAUUGUACAUAAUUACCAAGUUAUGACAUAGCAUAGGAAUAUUGAUUAUAUCACGUAAUAAAAUAAAGUGAAAUACUUGCAAUUUUUUUAACUUUAUUACAAUUUCAAUAAUAGUACAAUCUUUGCACAUAACAAUCCAACAUAUAUUUUUAAAUAAUCCAUCUCUUGUAGAUUUAUAUUUACAUCACAGCUUGGUCAUGAAAGUGUAAAGAAAUUACCCUGAUUAAAUCGAAUACAAGGUUAUAGUACGAUGGAUGCAC